AUGGUCAAACCAGUGUUCUCAUUCCCAGUCAUUGUCACCAACACACCAAAGAAAGUUAAUGAAGCAGAGGCAGAAAUGAGCACCCGGAAGGCACAAUACUGCAGCAGCCACCGCUUCCUGCAUGGGGUCAGAGCUGCCUCAGCCAGAAGUAACAGGCUCCACCUGGUUGUGUCUCCAGAAAACAGGUUUUUCAUCACAUCACACGGUGGGCUGUACAUCUCAGACGUGCAGAAGGAAGACGCUCUCUCCACCUACCGCUGCAUUACUAAGCACAAAUACAGUGGGGAGACUCGGCAGAGCAACGGGGCUCGGCUCUCUGUGACAGACCCUGCAGAGUCCAUCCCCACUAUUCUGGAUGGCUUCCACUCCCAGGAAGUGUGGACUGGCCAUGCAGUAGAGCUGCCCUGUGCUGCCUCUGGCUACCCCAUCCCUGCCAUCCGCUGGCUCAAAGAUGGCCGGCCCCUCCCUGCUGACAGCCGCUGGGCUAAGCGUAUCACAGGGCUGACCAUCAGUGAUCUGCGCACUGAGGACAGUGGCACCUACAUCUGUGAGGUCACCAACACCUUCGGGUCGGCAGAGGCCAACGGCAUCCUCACAGUCAUCGACCCCCUUCAUGUGACCCUGACACCAAAGAAGCUGAAGACGGGCAUCGGUAGCACGGUCAUCCUGUCCUGUGCCCUCACGGGCUCCCCAGAGUUCACCAUCCGCUGGUACCGAAACACUGAACUGGUGCUGCCAGGGGAGGCCAUCUCCAUCCGUGGACUCAGCAAUGAAACUCUGCUAAUCUCCUCCGCCCAGAAGAGCCACUCGGGAGCCUACCAGUGCUUUGCCACCCGCAAGACCCAGACAGCCCAGGACUUUGCCAUCAUUGUGCUGGAAGACGGCACGCCCCGCAUCGUCUCAUCCUUCAGCGAGAAGGUGGUCAACCCCGGGGAGCAGUUCUCACUGAUGUGUGCUGCCAAGGGCGCCCCGCCCCCCACGGUCACCUGGGCCCUGGACGACGAGCCCAUCGUGCGGGAUGGAAGCCACCGCACCAACCAGUACACCAUGUCCGACGGCACCACCAUCAGCCACAUGAACGUCACGGGCCCCCAGAUCCGGGAUGGGGGCGUGUACCGGUGCACAGCGCGGAACUCGGUGGGCAGUGCUGAAUAUCAGGCGCGAAUAAACGUAAGAGGACCCCCCAGCAUCCGGGCAAUGAGGAACAUCACAGCAGUCGCCGGGCGGGACACACUCAUCAACUGCAGGGUCAUUGGCUACCCCUACUACUCCAUCAAGUGGUACAAGGAUGCCCUGCUGCUGCCGGAUAACCACCGUCAGGUGGUGUUUGAGAAUGGAACCCUCAAGCUGACAGACGUGCAGAAGGGCAUGGAUGAGGGGGAGUACCUGUGCAGUGUUCUCAUCCAGCCGCAGCUUUCCAUCAGCCAGAGUGUCCACGUGGCCGUCAAAGGUGUCCCUCCCCACCUGCAGCCUGCCUGCCUCCCUCCCAGGCAGCUGGUGCAG